GUGGUGGAGGAGGAGGACACUUCCCUCACUUCUCCGGCGGCGUGCAGGUCUCACGGAGCCCCCCCCCCCCCUUAUGUUCGUCCCUUCCCCCCCUCGGUGAACGGAGGGAAGAAGUCACGUUUCACUCCUCAAGUUUUCCUGUUUUCUUCUUCUUCUUUUUUUUUUAUGGGUGUCCAUUCGUCCGCGGCGUGGUGGUCAGCGGGGGUGACCGAGUUCAGAGGAGGGUCGUGGUAGUGGGGGGGAGAGGGAGGCUGGGUCGCUGGCACGCUGUUUUCUUUUUUUCUUCCUGCACGUAGCAGCUCGGAGGAGUUUCCUGGGAUGAGCUCCCAUCUGUCUUAAAAAGAGAAGAAGAAGAAGAAGAAGAAGAAGAAGAAGAAGAAGAAGAAGAAGAAGAAGAAGAAGAAGAAGAAGAAGAAGAGACGCGCGAGCAGGGGGAUAUAAAGACCUGCGCAGACCCGUCCACUCCACUGGACGACACCUCCACGACGUCCAGCCCCAGGCUGCGGGAGGAACCGAAGAGGAGCCUCUGUUUUCUUUCUGUAAUACUCAAGUACAAACUGCAGUUUGUUGUCGAAGUGUCUCUCCCCUCAGCGGAGCAGCGCAGGGAGAUGAGCCCGGGGCCAGUGGCGCUCCUGUAGGGACCUCCAGACGAGCCCUAACUAUAAUAAUAACAAUAACAACAACAAUAAUACUUUUAUUUCUGUCGUUCGCGUUGCACCGACGGUGAGCAGAUGAACGUGGACUGGCGCCUCCACGUGUGGAAAAUGAAGAUUUUUACCCACACAAGUGUCACCAGGAGCCAAGAUCACGUUAUUUAGUGGUCUGCGUUUUCUUUUUCCAGGGCUCACACACACACACACACACACACACACACACACACACACACACACACACACACACACACACACUGGCUGGACUUGGCUGGGAAGAAACUCAUACAUUUAUUGCCCCCCCCCCCCCACCCCUGAUCACGGGGGGCAACCUUGAUUCGGUUGUCCUCAUUGGACCUCCAGUUUUUUUAUUUAAUUUUUUUUUAACUUUUGAUAUUCCAGAAAUAACAUUUCCCACCACAAGAUUGGAGUUUUUUUUAUAAACCCCGAAGCUUCAAGAGGACGACACAACUUCUCCAGUCAAAAUGAGGCGGUGGACGUUAAAGCUGCGAGCACAAAUCGUGUUUUUUAUCAUCUGCACCUGCAUCGUGUGCCAGUGUGGACUAAUAAACGGAGAAAUCUGCCCGAGCAAGGACAUCCGAAACAAUGUGACCAACCUCCAGUCGUUGGAGAACUGCACCAUCAUCGAGGGCCACCUGAAGAUUCUGCUCAUGUUUAAGACCAAGAUCGAGGACUUCCGUGGCCUCAGCUACCCAAAGCUGCGAGUGGUGACCGACUACGUGCUGCUGUUUAGGGUCUACGGCCUCGAGACCCUCAGCGAUCUCUUCCCCAACCUGACAGUGGUCCGCGGCAACAACCUCUUCUUCAACUACGCUCUUGUGCUUUAUGAGAUGCUGCAGCUGAAGGAGUUGGGCCUUCACAGUCUGAUGAACAUCACCCGCGGCGCCGUGAGAAUUGAGAAGAAUCCGGACCUUUGCUACCUUGCCACCCUGGACUGGUCCAAGAUCCUGGACACUGUGGAGGACAACUUCAUUGUGGCCAAUAAGAAUGACAGGGAGUGUGGAGACGUGUGUCCCGGCACGGCCCAAGGUCAGACCAUCUGCUCACAGAACACCAUCAAUGGACACUUCCGGGGACGAUGCUGGUCGCAGAACCACUGUCAGAGAAUGUGCUUGGACAACUGUAAGCAUGGUGCGUGCAGCCUCCAGGGCCAGUGCUGCCAUGACCAGUGCCUGGGCGGCUGCUCUGAGCCAGGUAACGCCAGUAGCUGUGUGGCCUGCAGGAACCUCCAGCAUGGGAACUCGUGCGUAGAGAAAUGUCCUGCUGGAUACUAUGUCUUCAGGGGCUGGCGCUGUGUCAGCUUCUCCUUCUGCCAGGAGCUCCACAACCAGUGUAAGCAGAAUAAGAAGUUGAACCAGGAUCGGGAGUCAGGCUGUAAUGAAUAUGUCAUUCAUAACGGGGCCUGUAUUCCAGAGUGUCCUUCUGGAUACACCACUAUAAACUCCACUACGUUGACCUGUUUACCCUGUGCAGGCCUGUGUCCUAAACUGUGUGUUGGAAAUAAGACGGUUGAUUCGGUCACCUCGGCCCAGGCUCUGAGAGGCUGCACUGUUCUCCACGGCAACAUGAUCAUCAAGAUUCGAGGAGGGAAUAACAUCGCUGCUGAGUUGGAGGCUAGUUUGGGCCAGAUUGAGGAAAUCACAGGCUACCUGACUGUUCGCAGAGCGUACGCCCUGGUCUCCCUUUCCUUUCUCCGCAAGCUACGUAUCAUCAGGGGAGAGCAUCUUGAGACAGAUAUCUACGCCUUCUAUGCGCUAGACAACCAGAACCUGCGAGAGUUGUGGGAUUGGUCCAAGCACAACCUGACCAUUAAGCGCGGUCGUGUCUUCUUCCACUACAACUCCAAACUUUGCAUGUCUGAAAUCAGAAAGAUGGAGGAUGUAACGGGAACCAAGGACCGUAACCAGAAGAAUGACAUAGCUGUACGCAACAACGGGGACCAAGCCUCAUGCGAGACCAAGAUGCUGAAAUUCACCGUGGUCAAGACCACAUCAAAUAUGAUUAUGUUGAAGUGGGAACCCUUUUGGCCCUUAGACUUUAGAGACCUGCUGGGAUUUAUGGUUCUCUACAAAGAGGCGCCAUAUAAGAAUGUGACAGAGUUUGAUGGCCAGGACGCGUGUGGCUCUAACAGCUGGGCAAUUGCCGAUGUUGAUCCUCCAUCACGUUCCACCGAUGGCAAGAAGGCGGAGGAUCCGGGGCACCUAAUCCGAACAUUGAGGCCCUGGACCCAGUAUGCCAUCAUGGUCAAAACCCAACUGUCUGCAUCAGAUGAGCAUCAGGUCCAUGGAGCCAAGAGCGAGAUCAUCUACGUCCGCACCAAUGCCUCCAAGCCCUCAGUGCCUCUAGACCCCAUCUCCUCCUCCAACUCCUCCUCCCAGAUCAUCCUGAAGUGGAAGCCUCCAACAAGUCCCAAUGGCAACAUCACCCACUACCGGGUCAUCUGUCGCAAGCAGGCGGAGGACAGCGACCUCUACAAGUUUGACUACUGCUUACAAGGAAUGAAGCUGCCGUCUCGUACCCCAACCCACCUGGACAGUGAGGAUGAGCAGAAGUGGAACCACACAGAUGAGCCCACCUCAGGGGGCAAAUGCUGCGCCUGCCCCAAGACAGACAACCAGCUAAAGAAGGAGCAGGAGGAGAUCGAGUACCGCAAGACCUUUGAGAACUACCUCCACAAUGAAGUAUUCGAGAGCAGACCGUCUCGUCGACGACGCUCAGUUGGAGUUGCCAACGCCACCCAACUCCCUAACUUCCUUACCACAGUCCCCAGUUUGUCAUUUGGCUCCACAACAGCCACCCCUGAUGACGAGGAUGAUGAGGGAUCCAAGGUGGAGCUGAAGGUGUUCUUAAAGGAGUCAACCGUCAUCUCCAACCUUCACCACUUUACCAGCUAUAAGAUCGAGAUCAUGGCCUGCAACCAUCCGACAGACCUCAAACGCUGCAGCAUGGCUACUUACGUCAGUGCCCGAACAAUGCCCGAGGAGAAAGCUGAUGAAAUCCCAGGCCCUGUCACCCAUGAGAUAGUGACGGCUGAGGCUCCCUAUGUCUUGAUCAAAUGGAAUACACCCCGAUCCCCCAACGGCCUCAUCAUCCUGUAUGAGGUGUUCUACAGGAAGGUUGGAGACACAGAGGUUCACACAGCUUGUGUGUCGCGGCCGGCCUACCUCAAGUUGGGUGGCACGAAGCUUUCGCUUGUGCAGCCUGGAAACUACAGCGUGAGGGUCCGCGCCACCUCCUUGGCAGGAAAUGGCUCUUUUACAGCAACCACUUAUUUCUUCAUGCCUAACCCGGAUCCCGGUUUGAUUUGGAUUGUGAUUGGUCCAGUCAUCUGCUUCAUCCUGCUGCUGUUUGUGGGAGGUGGAGUCUUUUGGAUCUUCAAGAAGAAGCAAACAGAAGGCCCGACUGGACCUCUUAUCGCCUCCUCAAAUCCUGAGUACAUCAGCGCUAACGAUGUGUACGUUCCUGAUGAGUGGGAGGUGCCCCGGGAGAAGAUCACGGUGCUCAGAGAGCUCGGCCAGGGCUCCUUCGGCAUGGUGUACGAGGGAAUCGCCAAGGACAUCAUUAAAGGAGACCCGGACACACGCGUUGCUGUCAAGACGGUCAAUGAAUCGGCCAGCCUGCGGGAGAGGAUCGAGUUCCUCAAUGAAGCCUCCGUCAUGAAGGCUUUCAGUUGUCACCAUGUGGUCCGUCUGUUAGGUGUGGUCUCCAAAGCUCAGCCCACCCUGGUAGUGAUGGAGCUUAUGACACACGGCGACCUGAAGAGCUACCUCCGAUGUCUCAGGUCGGACUCUGAGAACAAUCCAACAGGCCGUCCACCGCCCACACUGAAAGAGAUGAUCCAGAUGGCUGCAGAAAUUGCAGAUGGCAUGGCCUACCUCAACGCCAAGAAGUUUGUCCACAGAGACCUGGCAGCCAGGAACUGCAUGGUGGCAGAAGACUUCACCGUCAAGAUCGGAGAUUUUGGUAUGACGCGAGACAUCUAUGAGACGGACUACUACCGUAAAGGAGGGAAGGGCCUGCUCCCUGUCAGGUGGAUGGCUCCAGAGUCGCUGAAGGACGGAGUCUUCACUCCCCAUUCCGACUGCUGGUCAUUUGGCGUCGUGCUGUGGGAGAUCAGUACGCUAGCAGAGCAGCCUUACCAGGGUUUAUCCAACGAACAGGUUCUGAAGUUCGUCAUGGACGGAGGAUACCUGGACCGGCCGGAGAACUGCCCUGAGCGAAUGCACAGCCUUAUGCAGAUGUGCUGGCAGUACAACCCCAAGAUGCGGCCGAUGUUCUAUGAGAUCAUCGAGAUGCUGCGGGAGGACCUGCACCCGUCUUUCCAGGAGGUCUCCUUCUUCUACAGCGAAGAGAACAAGGUCCCCGAAACGGAGGAGUUUGACCUGGACCUGGACAACAUGGAGAGCAUCCCCCUGGACCCAUCUUCGUACUCGCAGAGAGAGGAAAGCUUAGGCAGGGACAGCGGGCCCUCGGUGGCCCUCAGGGGGAACUAUGAGGAGCAUGUCCCCUACACACACAUGAACGGUGGCAAGAAAAACGGACGAAUCUUAUCGUUGCCCAGAUCCAGCCCUUCCUAACAUUUCCUGUUCCCUAAACAAACUUGUUUAACAAUCUUUCCCAUCCUUCUUUCAGUUCCAGUCCAUUUUCUGUAUCCUCCACGUUUCUUCUCGUCAUUUUAUAAUGAUUCUUAUUCUCGGAGAAUCCCUUCAAAACAGACACAGAUCUCAGGACUUUUUAUUUUCUUCCUCAUGGCUGCCAAACACUGGCAAGCAAGGGAUGCAAACACGGUGUAACACUUCCUCCGCAACACAUUGGGCUGUUUAUUACUUACUUAUCUAUUGUUUUUCACUAUUGCCACGUUUCCAGGACUCAUCAUGGUGGAAACGGAGAGGAAUUUUUAAAAAAAACUGUGAACUCUACAAACCUUAGACAACCAAGAUGGCUGCUUAUGCUCAACCUCCUCAAGACUCGUCCCUACUUUUCCUCCCCCACCAAAAUCUGCAUUUCCAAUUCCCUGUGCUUUGUUACUUUUCUCCUAGUGAAAUCUUUUUACUCAGAUAGUGGCCUUUUUAUAUGUGGCCUAUAAACAAAGACAAGUGUCUAUCAGCGCUUACACUAAUUUCCUUUUUGAACAAUGAAUCAGUUUGGAACAGUGGAAUGAUUUGCAAAAGACUUGAUCCUAGAACAAAACAUCUAUUCCUAGAAUGUUUUACUUUUUCUUUUCUUUUCUUUUCUUUUUGGUUCUGCAGAAUUCCAAACUACACACAGAUUCAUCGGGUGUUUGGUGAAUAGUUUUAAUUUAUUUACUUUGAUUGUUAUUUUCUCUUCUCUCUCUCUCUUUUCCUUUCUCUCUGUUUUAUUUUUGUGUCCUCACUAUACGGCUGAAGGAUAUUUAAACAAUUUAGAAUUGGACAAAAGAGUUCCUCAGACUGACCAAUAGCUGCUGCUUUGAUAUAUUUUAAUGGGGGUAUAUAAAUAUAUAAAUAUAUAUAAUAUAUAUAUAGUAUAUAUGGAAUAUUGGCAUUUCUGUACCAAUAUUUUAUAUAUAAUAUAUGACAUACUGAUGUUUUUGUAAAUAGUUCAUAUUUGUAAGAUUAUUUUUUUGAUAGUAUUUUGUUUUGCCAGUUUUUUUCUUUCUCUCCUGUUGUUUUUUGUAGCCCCAGGAAUCACACUAAUCUACCAUUAGUGCUCUCUGCGUCUUAGGCCUCCAGACCCCAACCGCCACCCCCCACAAAAUAUUGUCAACUCACCGCAUCUUUUAUUUUUAUAAACCUUGUGUCCGUGUCUGCUCUUUCUCUGGUUGGAUUGCGCUGGAAUGUGUUUGUUAUCGCGGGUUCAUUAUGUCUUUCGUGUGAUCGUGCUAGUCGUCAUCAGUGUUAACCAUCGGUGAGGCCAGAGAUCGUGUUGAGAGCUUGGAUCAGUGAUUGUACUUCCGUAUGUUGGCGUGUUUUUUCAGUUGUGUCUGUGCUGCUUUGGAUCAGACCCGUCUGAUCUGAGCUCUCAGCUAGAUUUUGGCUGUUUUGGUCUGAAAGUCCUCAGACUUCAAAUUUAGAGAGCAGUGGCGUCCCCCCACCCCACCACCCCCCAUUGUCGUUCUGUUGGAUUUGCUCUGCACCAGACACCUUUGGCACUCUCUCUCUCUCUUCCCAUUGGCUGCUAAAAUCACUGCUCAAAAUCAGGCUGGUGGAAAUUUCCACGUUUUUUGUGGUGGAGGGCUGGAGAGAAAUAUGGAAAGUUCCAAGUGUAUUUAGAGUCCACAGCAGGUAGCGAGGGAGAGAGGAGGGCAGUGUCUCUCGUCUCUCUAUCUUUCAGUGUGUCUGAGAGAGAGAGAGAGAGGGAGUGUGAGCGAUUGUUAAUCCUAUUAUUCUCUCUGCUAUCACAUGCAGCUCGGCAGCCAGGACACAGUGUGCAGCGGCUAUUUCACUCAGGUCUGACAUUCCAGGAUUUAGUUAAAACUGCUUGUUCCCUCAUCCCCCAAGUUUUGCCCGCCUGAUGGCAAAACUCAUACCAUCACCACACCCCAACAGUGAACACAUUGAAGACUGCUGUCUUUUUUUUUAUCCCACCUUCUUAAUAAUCACUUGGAGAGAGAUAGAGUGGCACAGAUUUUUGCCAAACAUUCACUCUUAGAGCAAGUCGCUGCGUUUCUCUGACGUUUGUCCCUCCUGCCUGGGAAUCAAAAACAUUCCCUUCUACUGUACCCUCACACAAAGCUCCAGAAGAGUUAGUGGCCCCCCUCAUUUUGUGUGUAAAGAUCAAUAAUUCACCGCGACUUUCGUCCAGAGGCCAAAAGCAACAGCAGAUCCUCUGUAAACGCUCCCCUCUUACUCUCUCACCACAUCAGUAGAUGAUAGUCAGCAGACGAAUAGAGAUGGUGAGUUUUUCUUUUCUCUUCUUUUUUUAUUUUUUUUUACUCUGGACACAGACCAGUGUGGUUGCCAAUCUAGCCGAACAGCGUUCAGCACUUAUAGCAUAGCCAAAGUGUUGGCAGCUUGCUGUCAACAACGAGAACCCACAGAAUCGGAGUCGGAGAAAGCGGAGAAGCUGCCUCCAUCUUUUACCAGUGCCUUCUCAAACCCACAGCCACGUCCAGGCUAGUUGUAUUGGCUAGUUUAACACACACACACACACACACACACAAACGCCUCUGUGAUCUGUCUAUUUUUUCCUCAUGAGGCCGGACAGGCAUAGAAAUCAGAGCUGUAUCCACAUUUGUAUUUGUGGGCCCACAACUUUGCUCUUUGCUGGAAGAGGAAUAAAAGUCUUUGGGGCAGAUUUUUUUUCCCUCCUCUCUUUCUUCCAGUUUUAGCUCGUGGCCAGCGAAAGGUUGAACAGUUCACCAGUGCUUUAGCGGUGACACCGUGGAUGACACCGUGUUGUUAUUGUUAAUUAAUAAUGGAUUGAGUCUUCUGAGGAUUUACAAUCUUUGGCUUUUUUUUUUUUUUUUACUUAAAACUUGUAAAUAAUCUGUGACAUAGUUUUGGAAUAUCUGAUGCCCGUCGGUUGUGUGUACAUGACAGAAAAAUAACCUUCGCUGUGUCACAGUUCCACAGAUCCGAGCGCGUACUAAUACGCGCUCGGAUCUUAACAGUAAAAGUUUUUGGCCUUUGGUAAUGCUAUACAUCUUUACACUACAUUCUCAAAACCCAUGUUAGACGAGUAUAUAGUGUGGAGGUGGUGCUCUGUCUCCAACUUGACCUAGGUUGCUCAUCUCGUGGUGGGUUCACUCACACACACAUAUGCAAUUUUUAAUUAAGAUGGUGCCCAUAUCUUUGAAAUACCAGAAAAAAAUAUUUAUUUUGUUAUGAUCAUUGUCAUUGUGUAAGAAGAACACAGUCAGCUUUGUAGACGAGCAUUUCUAAGGUUGUUGAGAGUGGAGGGAUGUAAAAAGCCUAGUUUGUUAUUGAACAGGAGGAGCAGCUGGCGGUGAACAGCAGGAGAACUAGUUAGUUAGUUAGUGAGUUAGUUAGUUUGUAAGUAAUUGUCGUUGUCUUUGUGUUUGGCCAGAGUCUACCUCAGUGCAUAUGGAUGAAUCAGUCUAAAGAGCCUAAAUCAUCCCCGUCAGUCACUCGAUAUCCCGUCAUUUUAAAUAAUAUCACGUCUAUCGUACAUUAUCAACAUUAGUUUCCACUGUGGUCUGUUCAAUUCCUCCGCCUCUUAGUUUAUGAAGUUUAAUCUUCUUCUUGUGUCCCAGGGGGAAGUUCGCGUAGGCUCCUGCAGAAUGUGGUUAUUGUCGGGAGCGUUGCCCGGCAUAUCUUAUUUUAUCUUAUCUUAUUUUGUCCUUUUUUUAUUAUUUUGAUUUUAGGUUUCAUUGGUGAAGUGUUUUUAGAACAAGCUUUCGAGAUGUUCAAGUAUUAUUCCUCAUAUUUUUUGCCCUUAGUGCUCAUUAAAUGUGGAACAGAAGACAUUAGAUUGGCUCUAUGGACAGUGUUUGCUUUUGAUUAUGACUACAGUCUGUAGAAGUGCUCACAGGAGACUUCCCCCGGGAUCUGGAAGAAGCAACGUAGCUUUACACAAAUCCUCUCGACGCUGUGCCGUAGCGCCUUUCCUGGUUUCUGGGGAUGUGACAUUAGCGUGAGCAAAAGAAAAGAGGAAAGUCUUGUGACUCUCAGCGCACACUGUAUCUGUGAUCAGCUCCAUGCAGCCAAAGCUGACAGAGCACAGCUGUCGACACCUUGUGCUUUCCUUAAAAUCACAUUUGAAAUAAAACUGUAGUUUGCCAGAAAGCUCUACUCUUCUUCUUCUUCUUCAGUCUGUCAAUCUGUCUCUUUGUGGUCAAAACAGUUAGCGUACUGAUCCCACGUCUAAUCCAUUGUCGAUUCAUUUGUCUGUUUAGAUUUUUGUUUUUGUUUUUGUAUGUACAUUUUUUCUACUGUGAAUAUCAAGAGAAAUUUGUUAUUUUCUGUCAAUGCCAUGGAUUAGGUCUGUUGUGGCGGAUCAGGACACAACAUCGGGGGCUUUGUAAAAGUUUUAAGGAGGGGGACUUUUCCUCUGCAAAGAAAAAGAAAAAGAUGGACUGGGACAAUCCUGUGUGCCAUAAGAACUAUUAAUAGACAUGAAAUCUAGAUUGUAACUUUUUGUCUCAGGGAGGCGGCCUGAUGCUUUGUGGUUGGAGGAUACAGAGGAUGAGGAGGAAGCUACCGUACCUACCUUUUAUCUUCUCUGACUGAAGCGCAAGUUUUCGGCAUCCUUGCAAAAAAGAUUCUAAUAGGCCCAACAACAAGUUUUCAACAACAAAAACCCUGAACAUCCUUUUCACAUGCUUUCUCCCCCUGUUGAAUACGAUCAGGAAUCCUCCUCUCCCUCUCUGACGUGAUGUGGUUUGGUCUGCCCUCUAGCGAUUGGACAGGAGUGUUGCAGGUCAGGGGUGGCGAAGCAAACAGGGCUCCGACCAAUAGUGCCUUGCUCAGACUAACAGCCCACCUGACUCCUUCCUCCUCCUCCCCCUGAGCAGAACCACCACUGACAAGUGUGUCUCCACCAAUCACUAAAGAGGAUCUUCCACCUCCAAACCUGAAAUGAAAAACACAUGAAUUAUGAUUUGAAUGCGUCCAGUUUUCUUUAGUUGUGAAACAUUCUGACUGCUUGGGGAGAAAAUACUGUAAUUUGGGAUUAUAUGAGGAUUUUUACCCCAAAAAAGGUUGAACUUGUGUCUCUAAUCUACUAAGCUCUGGCUUGCUUUGUGCAUGGAAAAUGAAUUAUCUAUACCAGCGGAUAGCUUAAUAAUCAGAGGUCUUCUGAUUUCUGCUUCUCAUCAGUCUGUUUUUCACAGCGAUGCUCUAAAGCACAUGCAAAAAAACAAAAACAAAAAAGAUGAUCAGCGACAACUGAUUGCAUGGCCAGUAGAAGAAUCUCCAUUUGCAAUGCACUCAGUUGUUCCAGGACUUUUGUUUAAUUUUUUUUAAUGAACUGAUUAAUAAGCUCUUAACUGUAAAUAGCAGCGGAUCACCUUGGCUUCUGAAAAAAAAAACAAAAGCACUUGAUUUUAGGGAAGUUUAGGUUUGUUUUGUUGAACUCUCGUGCCCGAAGAAGCGGUUGGACAAGAGCAUGCUAGUGACGCGGCGCAGGGCGAGAACAAAGCGUAGUACGUAUUGUUGUUUUGUUUUAAGGAAAAGAAAAAAGUAUUACAUUUUAGAGAUGUUGAUUUCUAUUUUUCUAGCCAAAGUAGGGAGGGCAAAUACAAUUACUUUUUUUCUGACUGUAAUCUUUAACUACUCUUGUACAUUAUGAAUUUCAACAUUGUUAUCAAUGUGUAUUUAACUUUUUUUCUAAAUUUAAAAAAAAAAAAAAAAGGUUGAUUUUUUGUUUUGUCUGUUCUCCGUUUGUGUUGUGUUCAUCACAGUCGCGUCUCGUUGUGUUUUUACAGGAGCAGCACAACUCCGGUCUGAGGGCUUAACCCCCGUAAACAAGACGUAUACAGUAUGUGGCCUGAAAUGUUUUGCAGUGAACCCUGCUCUUAAUCCGAUGCAUGUUUUCUGAAUGUUGGCCAACGCCAACCGCCCAGCCGCAGCAACAUGUCACCCAUAAAGCCUUUCUUGUGUCAUAAAAUGCAUCACCUAUCGCAGAUGUUAUUGUAUUGAAUUGUUUCUGACAAAAAAAGAUGUGUAUUUAGUUUGCAAAUGUGUUUGUGUUUUUGUUUUGUUUUUAUGUGAAAAACUGGAAAAGACCACUGCACAUCCUUUUGAAGAAGAGGAAGCAUGAGUGAUAAAAUCCUGAAUAAGCUAAAAAAAAACUUAUGGUUCAACAACCACACAUUAUGAAGUUGACCUCAAAAGCUGGAAGGCCUUCGAGGAAUGGUUCAACGUUUUUGGGAAAUGUACGCUUGUUCGCCUUUUUUUAACGGAGAGUUUGUUGAGACGAUCCAAGUCGCUCUCAUCUCUCUGUGCUACUGAUUAAAGCGUCAGCCUGUAGCCGCUUAGCUUAGCAGAAAGACGAGAAGGAGGGCUGAACGACUGACCGGUGGUGACAAAGCCCCUGUACAAAAACAACAGUGGAAAAAGAUCAGUUUGACACUUUUUGCAGGGCAUCAUUGUCUGACUCAUAACCCUCCCUUUUUCUAAUUGAACAGAUUAAACUAACUCAGCAUCACUUGUUAAUCCGGGAGCCUGUUUUGUUAUUUGAUUUCGUUGCCUUACGACCGAGCCAGGACAGCGUCCUCCCCGCGUUUCCAGUCUUUAUGCUCAGCAGAGUUGAGCACCUGCUGGCUGCAUCCUACAUGUAACGGACAAAUCUAAAAAGUAGUAUGGCCUCUGCGCAUCUGCAAGUAAACAAGCUUCUUCCCCAGAAUGUUCAAACUGUUCCCUCGAGGAGAAUCGCCAGCUGUAAAUGAACUGAGUAAGUCUGCGAUGAGUGUGACGAUGACCUGUUUGUGGACGGACGGUGGGCGUGUCUUAGGUUUGUAAGGAGACACAUCUGGGGAAAAGCAGCCUUUUCUUGACUUUUUUUUUUCUUUCUUUGAAAGUCAUCUGUCAGUCCAGUGGUCUGCUCCAGUUUACACACCAAUACGUUAUACUUGUCUCUUAUCGUGUUCCCUGUGCCGUACGUUGUUAAGAUCGGUGGAGUUGUGUCUGUCGUCGUUCUCAGUUGAAGUUCUUUUCCACGGCUUUCUUUGUCUCACUGCUCCUCUUCCUCCUCAGCGUGUCCUUCGAGUCUCUUUUUUCUUCUCCUCGGUGCACAUAGGUGGUCCUCCCCAGAAUGCUGUGUGUAGUCUUGCAGGAUACCUCUUUAUUAAUGUCAUUUUAUUGCCGAUGAAUAUGCUGAUGUAUUAAUUUUGGGAUAUGUUGUGUAUACAUUAUGUUGAGACAUCAGUGCGUGUGCAGACAGGUGUAUAUGUGUGUAUGUACAGUCCGAAACCCGCAACCCUACAGAGAUCGCUUCAUCCCUCACACUGGAUCCAAAUGUGCCAUUAUCUUUAUGUAUCACGUAUAUCAACAUAUUGCACACACACACACACACACACAAACACACACACACACACAGAUACACGCGCAUAUUGUACAGGAUCAAAAAUGUGCCAUGACUAAAUGAACGCUUGACAAUUUAUUUUUUCUAUGUUUUCAAAGGAGAGUCAAGUAGUGACAUGUACAGAAAAUGAUGCAAUGAUAUGAAAAUAAAAAAACCUUGCUGUGUGUAAAUUAUUCAACAAUUAACUGUUUAUAUUAAAAUUAUGAAUAAAAUUAUUGGAGAAAAA